AUGCCAGGACAGCAAAUCACCGAUAAUUCAGAGACUCUGUUUUCAUUUGAGCUGCUGGUGGAAAAUAUCCGAAUCGAGAAACACUGUAAAGUCUCCGACGAGCUGGCUCUUGGAGUGAGACUGCUUGAUUUCCCAACGCUGCUAAUUUAUCAGCCUCGGCAGAGCAGUGCUAGUAUUAACUACCAGCCCGAGCAGAAUGGAGGAGAUAAGCGGGGAGAAUACGCUUUUCACAGAGGCAAGUCUUGCUUCUUCAAAAUGAACCUGAUGUCACUGCACGUCCAGCUAUGUAACACACCUCUGUAUGCGAUGGUGUUGGAUGUAAAAGAGGAGACCCCCAGAUUAGUUGGCUCCUGUCUAAUAUCACUGGCCAAAGUGAUGGACAGGAUCAGACAGGAUGUGACUGAGCGUGGUGUUUCUACUCCCUCCUCUCACAGAGAAAGGGGGAUCGUUGGUAUAUGCAACCUCACGGGGGACAAAAUUGGAUCGAUAUCUCUGAGUUAUAAACUGUUAUGCCUGGGAGCAAGCUUACUGCCACAUAUCACUGAGAGGACGGGCCUGAAAAGCACAAGUGGAGGACUACAAGAACGUGUAAAGGAGAAAAACAAAUCCACAGAAUCAUUGCCUCUUGAGUGUGGUCAUAUGUGUUCAUUAAUACAGGACAGGCCUGAGCUAAGCGGAGACAUUCAAAACAACGGACUAGCUAAUGCGAAAAUCUUGUUAAAUGAGAAUAAGCAGGACGAAGAUGCUGAACGCAGACCAACAAGCCAAAAUGAAAACCAUUUUGAAGAGGAUUUAACCGUAUUCUGUCCCCCACAUCUUUACUACAGUAAUUCUGCAGAGGAAAAAAGCAAAGCAGAAGAAGUGGAUUACAAAUUACUGAACAUAGAUUCAGAAGCUUUUACAUUACAAGAUUCAUGCUCUGAGGAUGAGGAGGAUGAAAAGGAAGCUCGAGGUUCAGUGAUGCACCUCAAAGCGAGACACAAUGCAAAAGUGUCAAGCAACCAAGAAACAAGUGGGGUGACCCCAAAUGUCCUUGGGGAAGCUGUGCGACAGUUGCCGCUACUAAAUGCUCUUCUUGUUGAGCUGUCACAGUUGAAUGGGCAGAUUCCUCAGCAGUCCUUGACAGUUCAUCCCAGUCUAGCUUGGAUUUACAAGCCUGCUUCCACAGAACCUUCAGCUGGACAUGGAAACACCCCACAAAAUGCUCAGACCAAGUCACUGCAGAAAGCUAGACAAGACUCAGGAUCUGAAGGUGUCCAGAGGAGAGCAGCCGUCCUCCCCGUGCCCGUCAAAGCCUCGAGCUCUCCACAGCGUGCUAUGAGGGGUACGCACAUCAUUCGACCUCGGACGCACACCCUCAGCUUAUCCUCCUCCGAAGGUGACAGAGGCGGGUCGGCUUCUUUACAGACUUCAUGCUCCAGAAAACUGACAGCAGCGAGUAGCAGAGUGGAAUGGAGCUCUGGUGGUGAGAGCUUCAUAUCAUCAAGAGGUCAGAGGGCCGAGUCAACCAAGAACAGCGACACAGUUCGAGGAUUUUCUGUGGAAUCCAGAUGCUCGUUUGAACCCCAGGAGGUGGGGGAACUGGAGGAUGAACUUGGAUCUUUGGAUUUCAGGAAGGAGUAUCAGCAUAUCUCUCAGUUAGUGGCUAGCAAACUCCCUGGGUAUACUAUGUAAAGAAAAGAAAAACAUACAUUCUAGUAAUGUUUCCUUUAAUCAAAUCAAACAGAUGAUUGUUGUAUUGUACACUUGUGAUGUCUGCCGAUCUUUUUAAUAAAGGCAAGUUUUUGUA